CAACAGGUGAUACACCAGCAUAUCUUAAUUUUGGACGUGAUCCUAAAUUACCUCCACACCUACUCCUAACCACACCGACUCAUGAUGUACCUCUACUUCCCACAUCUCUAUCCUCAGAAAUCGAAAAUUAUAAACAACAACGUCGUCAUCAAUUACUUACAUCUCAUCAAUUUGCUCAAGAACAUAGUGAAGUAUGUAAACUUCAGCAGAAACAUCAGUAUGACAGUCAUAGUUCUAAACGUUCUUUUAAAGAAGGACAACUUGUUUGGGUUAGCAUUCCUUCAGUAUUAAAACAUGGAAAACUUGAUCUUCAGUAUCAAGCAAUAUCCUCAUCGAAAGAAAAUUCUACGCCUGAUACUUUGGCAUCACAUAUCUCACAUAUAAUUGCACCAGCACAAUCAAACAAAACAUUAAAACGGCAAUUAUCUCAUGAAACAAUAAUUCCACAACCACUUAUGUCAUUACAACUUGACGUUAAUGAACCACCACUUUACAAUGCUCCUGCUAAUCCAAUUCCUCUUAUGUCAUUCUAUGCUCCCCCAUGCUCAACUAAAUCCCAUCAUCAAUCACACCGUCGACCACCUCUUCAACGUAAACCACGUUUAUACAGCACAGUCUGUAGUCAAGCACCACAAGCAAACACUAAUACAAGUCAACACGUCACCAAUCAUCGCUCUGAUACAUCGUCAACAACCUUCAACACCAUCAACUCAUCAACACAACAACAGGAACACGCAACAGUCUUCUCACCAAACCACGAUCAACCAUCUCCUGGAUUAUCAAGUGCUUUUAAUACCGAGAUGAUCGAAUUAUCAUAG